AUGUCAAACCCUGGACAUUCUAGCUCCCUAGCGAGACAGCACACACAUGACAUCGAGAUAGGCAUUUCAGAUGCCCUUCAGCGUCAUGUCACCCGACACGUCGUACAGCCCAAGCCAGUCUCGCAACGAAAACUGAACUUUGAGCACAAGAGACCUCGCAUUCUUCGAGAGAUGAUGGCCGAAGCAACAGGCGUCUUCUUCUACGUUUUUGCUGGCAUUGGUUCCGUUGCAUCCUUCACACUUGCGACAACGAGUGAUGCAGGUAGAGCACUUGGUGUCCCUGUAUUUGGCUCUCUCUUCCAAAUCGGAUGGGCUUUCGCAAUGGGCAUCGCCUUCGCCAUUAUCACUUGUGGCCCAACUUCUGGAGGUCACUUCAAUCCAGCCAUCACUAUCUGUCUCUGGCUCUGGCAAGGCUUUCCGUUGAGAAAGGUUCCCCAUUACAUCUUUUCCCAGAUAUUCGGCGCUUUCAUGGCUGGCCUGAUGCUCAUGGGAUGCUACUGGCCUCAAAUUCAAGCGGCAAAAGCAAUCGACCUGGAAAUGCAUGGUACCGCUGUCUAUAACGGUGGCGUGGCUAGCAUCCUCUGCCCCUUUCCCAACCCAGACCAGACCAACCAAGGGUUUCUCUUCUUCCAGGAAUUCUUCGUGGACUCAUACAUUGGCAUCGUCAUAUGGGCAUGUCUUGACCCCGCGAAUCCCUUUGUCAGUCCCCAGUCUGUACCUCUAGUCAUCGGCAUCGCCUAUGCCACGAUGGUCUGGGGCUUCGCCGGUAACACUAUCUCCACCAACCUCGCCCGUGAUCUCGGCACUCGUAUUGUGGCUGCUAUCUUCUUCGGCCGCGAAGCCUUCACCUUCAGUAACAGUUACAGCUGGAUAUCCAUCCUGGUCAACGUUCCGGCUACAAUUUUCGCCACAGGGUACUACGAGUUCCUUAUGAGAGAUAGUUUGCAAAAGAUUCACGCCGGACAUGCCGAGCACGCGCAAGGUGAGGAAGGCUUGCAGAAGCAUCUGAGUAGGGUCACAGGCGACGAUAUCACCCAGAAUGGCGUUGAGAAUGGGCUGGCCAACCAGGGUUAUAUGAAUGCUGCAGAUGGGGUCACUAAGAAACAAUUUUGA